GUUGUGUUUGUUUUUUGACUCAUCAAAAAGGUGGUUGUUGUUAUAGUCAAAUAAAAUCCUAGUCAAAUAAAAGCUUCUCUGCACAAGAAAAGCAACUACUUCACAUAUUAGACUUUUUUUUUUCGUCACCGGAGAAUCUCAUCGCCGGCAAACUACCAGAAUUCUCCGAUUUCAUGUUUUAAUUCUAAGCAUGGGGAACUGCAACGCGUGUUUAAAGUCAGACGUAGUCGGUUCAGACCGGAAAUCAACCGACCCGAACCGGGGUAAAAAAGGAAGAAAAACCAAACCGAACCCAUACUCCGACGAAUCGUUAAACUCAUCAGCAACGAUUCGUGUUCUAAAGGAUUCAAAUCCGCGAAACCGAAUCGGAGAUAAAUAUAUACUAGGCCGUGAGCUCGGUCGCGGUGAAUUCGGUAUAACGUAUCUAUGUACGGACAAAGAGACGAAGCAGGAGUUGGCUUGCAAGUCGAUUUCGAAGAGGAAGUUGAGGACGGCGGUGGAUGUGGAGGAUGUUCGGCGGGAGGCGGCGAUCAUGGCGACGUUGCCGGAGCAUCCGAAUAUUGUGAAGCUGAAGGCGACUUAUGAGGAUGAUGAGAAUGUUCAUCUUGUUAUGGAGUUGUGUGAAGGGGGUGAGUUGUUUGAUAGGAUUGUUGCGAGGGGGCAUUAUAGUGAACGCGCUGCGGCGAAUGUUGCGAGGACUAUUGCGGAAGUUGUGAGGAUGUGUCAUGCGAAUGGGGUUGUGCAUAGGGAUCUUAAGCCGGAGAAUUUUCUUUUUGCUAAUAAGAAGGAGAAUUCUCCGCUUAAAGCUAUUGAUUUUGGCCUCUCUGUUUUCUUCAAGCCUGGUAUUGUUUUGUAUUCUAUUGUUUAUUGUUAAUUGAAAGUUAUUUACGAGGCUAUUUAACUGGUUAUGAUUAAUCUACUUAAUAUAAAUUCAAGGUUGUAAUGAUGACAACCUUUGACACAACCCUAACCCUAAAUCCAAUGUGGCAUGAUAUUAGAAAUCUUAUCCAAUGUGGCAUCAUAUUAAAAACCUAUUAAAAUUUUAAAUUUUCAUCACUUUUUAUUCUUCACACCAUAUC